AUGCCAGGUGCAAGAUAUUCCAAAGAAUUCACUAUUAAAAAGCAACCAAGAAUACCUAAGGAGACAAGUUUAUAUACUUUCAAGUUUAUAGAGUGCCGUGCGAGUCCGGUGGAUGACAACCUCUUCGAGUGGGAAGCUGCAAUUAAGGGGCCAAAAUAUAGCCCUUAUGGUGCAGGAACAUUCCGUGUUAGCAUGCAUUUUCCCCCACGGUUUCCAAUGAUAGCUCCAACUAUUUUCUACCCCAAUGUUUCUGACAACGGAGAUGUGUAUCUCUACAUGUUGGGCAAUGGAUGGGCUCCUGGUUUCACAAUUCCUGAUAUCCUAAUGACGCUCUGGGGAAUGCUCUUUACCCCAAGAUUGGACCUUCCUGAUAACGUGAAUGAGGAUACUCUGGAGUAUGUCUCUAACAAGGAG